GGCGCACUGUAGCAUAGAACUCCGCGCUAAUCUAAUCUGCACAGAUCCACCUGCAUCUGCGCAAGUUAGCCACCACCACCCCUAAAAUCACCAUAUCUUCCUCUUUUGCCUCUUUCUUCCACCUCUGCAGCAAAGUACAUAAAAUUGCAGCAAUUUCAACAGUAAUUGUGAAUGUGAUUCAUAAUAAUUGAGUUGUGUGCUACCUUCUUCUACAAUUUUUUAUAUUUAUAAUCUAGAAUAUUUCUCCACAGUACCUAAUUCUUCCUCUCCUUUCCUUUAAAUAAAGAAAUUGAAUUCACAAACAAAGUUUGUUUGUCCAUUUGCGUUGAAUUUAGCUUCAGAUCUGUUAGAGAGAGAGAAAUGGUGGUGCAUUACAUUACAUAGUCUCUUUUUACAAAGGAGAGAGAGAGAGAAGAGGUUGGAAGGUGCUGCCCUUUCUUCAUAAAGUGUAAAGGUGAAGCCUUUAAGCAUUUUCUGGAAAGCCCCUUUGGAUUAAGCUGUGAAAAAUGAUGACUGCUGCAUUUGGGAGUAAUUCCAUCAGUUUCCACACAAGCAAUACUUGCAAUACUCUGCUGAAAGAACUUCAGCAAUUAUGGACUGAAAUUGGGGAGACUCAAGCGGAUAAAGACCGCAUGUUAAUGGAGCUCGAGAGAGAGUGUUUGGAGAUCUACAGAAGAAAGGUUGAUGAGGCCGCAAAUGACAAGGCACGCCUUCAUCAGUCUAUUGCUUCCAUGGAAGCUGAGGUUGCAAUGCUUAUUGCAACUCUUGGAGAAAUCAACAUAAAUUCGCCGGUGCAGUCUGACAAGAAAGCGAAAUCUUUGAAAGGGCAGCUAGCCUCAGUCAGACCAUUAGUGGAAGAUCUAAAACUUAAGAAGGAGGAAAGAAUGAAGCAGUUUGCAGAUAUUAAGUCACAAAUUGAGAAGAUUAGUGGCGAGAUUUCUGGUUAUGGCAGUACUUCCGGUUCUAUGAGCGUCUUGACUCUGGAAGAACAAGACUUAUCAGUGAGAAAACUCACCGAACAUCAAUCAAAACUGCGUGGUCUUCAGAAAGAGAAGUCCGAGCGCCUCCAGAAAGUGAUGGAUUAUGUGAACGAAGUGCAUACUUUGUGCGGUGUCCUUAGUAUAGAUUUCGGCCAAACUGUGAGUGAUAUCCACCCAAGCUUGCAAGGAUCAAGUGUGGGGCUUGUCACGAAUAUCAGUGACAGCACAUUGGAGGGGCUUGAUCAGGCUGUCCUUAAGUUAAAAACCGAGAAAAAGUUCCGGUUUCAAAAGUUGAAAGAUGUCGCCCGGUCUCUCUUUGAACUAUGGAACUUGAUGGAUACAUCGAAAGAAGACAAAGCUAGCUUCCUUAGAAUUACUUCAGUCCUUGGUUUGUCCGAAUCAGAAAUUGUGCAACCGGGCGCUCUUUCACCAGAGACAGUUCAUCAGGUAUCAGCAGAGGUUGAGAGGCUCACGAAACUAAAAACGAGUAGGCUGAAGGAACUUGUGAUGAAGAAGAGGUCGGAGUUGGAAGAUCUGUGCUGUAAAAUUCAUAUUCAACCGGAUCAAAGCACAGCUGCCGAGAAAACCAGUGCUUUGAUUGAUUCGGGCUUGGUGGAUCCCUGUGAGCUCUUAGCUAACAUUGAGGCACAAAUAUGUAAAGUCAAAGACGAAGCCUAUAGCCGCAAAGAAAUAAUGGAAAGGAUAGACCGGUGGCUUUCUGCGUGUGACGAGGAAAAGUGGCUUGACGAUUAUAACCUUGAUCACAAUCGUUACAGUGCCGUAAGAGGUGCGCAUAUAAACCUUAAACGUGCAGAGCGAGCCAGGAUCAUGAUAAAUAAGAUUCCAGCUAUGGUUGAUAAUCUAAUUAGCAAAACUCUUUCAUGGGAGGAGGAGAAACAGAAACUGUUUCUUUAUGAUGGAGUGCGUUUGGUGUCGAUUCUGGAGGACUACAAACAAGCCAGACGACUCAAGGAAGAGGAGAAGAAGCGAGCUCGGGAUCACAAGAAACUACAAGAUGUGCUCCUUACCGAGAAAGAAUCUAUGUACGGGUCUAAGCCAAGUCCGAGGAGAAGCAACAGCUUCAGGAAUCAAAACGGAUAUCGAGCAUAUGGGAAUGGAUCGGUGACACCAUCACCCCGUCGCAACUCACUUGGUGCUGCAACUCCCGAGCUCCUCACACCACGUUCAUAUUCAGGCCGCCACAACGGCUACUUCAAGGAAAUGAGAAAGCUCUCCACUGCUCCUCUGAAUUUCGUCGCUAUACCAAAAGAAGACACCAUGUCGUUUUCCUCGAUUGGUGGCUCCGAGCCUGAGUCGCCUCCUCAAGUUUGAAUUCUUGAGAAGUGUCGGCCCGUGCUGAGAGGAAUCGAUAGAGGCUUGUGAAUAUAGGUGAUGUACACUAUGGUGACCGAGGGCGCGUCUUAGCAGGACGAGAGGAACGCGUCUGCUCGUAUUUAACUUGCUUCUGGCUGAUUUAUGGGAGUAUGUAUGAGGCGUUUGAGGAGAUGGGAUGGUAAGUAUAGAGGUGUUUAUUCAUAGGGAAAAUAGCUAAUUGGAAAUAGUGUUGUUGAAUUAGGAGAUGUUUAUGUAUGUAUAUAGAGAGGUUGCUGUUGUUGUUGGGAUAUGACUUGGCUGCCUCAUUUGCUUGUUGCAGUUUCAAAGAGAGAUUUUUAAGAUGUUUGCAUUUUGGAUUA